UGAUUCUGCCACGCCGGUUGUGUGUCCAUUUUAAAACUCGGGAACUGCCUUUUGACGGCACAUUGGAGAGGGAAGGAGCAUCGCGAAGACCGAGCUCUGCUGCCAGAUUCCCUUCUCCUUUUGUGGGUGGGGCGGUGUCUUGAUAAGGGAGGGCUGAGAGCCGGGGUGUUGGGUCGUGGUCUGGCUGGGCAGCAUGGAUGACACCUUGUACGAUGAGUUCGGCAACUACAUCGGUCCGGAGCUUGGAGACAGCAGCGAUGAGGAGGAUUCGGACGAUGAGGAGGAAGAGGAGGAGGAGGAGGAGGAGGAGGAGGGAGAUGGAGAUGGCGAGGGAGGAGAGGGUGCGGAAGGGAUGGAAGUCGAAGGCGCAGUCGGCGGCGACGCUAUUGUCCUGCACGAAGACAAAAAGUAUUACCCCGACGCUGAGGAUGUGUACAAGGGUGCGGCCACCGUCACAGCGGACGAGGACGCUCAGGGGCUCGAGGAGCCCAUCAUCGCGCCCGUCAAGACAAAGACUUUCUCCAAAUUGGAGAAGGAGCUGCCGGACACGAAGUGUUCCCCAGAGUUUAUGGCCUCUCUCAUGGAAACACCCACCCUGGUACGUCACGCGGCGGUGGUAGGGCACCUCGGGCACGGGAAGACCCUGCUCAUGGAUGUCUUAGUUGGACAAAGCAGGGUGAAACCGUUCGACCCCUCGAAGGAGGUGCGGUACACGGACACCCGCGUGGACGAGCAGCAGCGGGGGCUGUCGGUCAAGUCGUGUCCGGUGUCCAUGGUCCUGGAGAGUACCACCGGGAAAUCGUACCUCCUAAACCUCAUCGACUGCCCCGGGCACGUCAACUUCGUCGACGAGAGCGUUGCCGCCAUGAGUGAGCUUGUAUGGACAGUUGUUAUUGUGGUAGUGGCUGUGACAGGAGCUUGCGACGGCAUCGUGCUGGUGGUCGACGCUGUGGAGGGGGUGAUGAUGCACACGGAGACUUUGGUCAAGCACGCCCUGCACGAGGGUCUCGCCAUCACCCUCUGCAUCAACAAGGUAGAUCGCCUUCUGCUGGAGCUGAAGCUGCCUCCGGCGGAUGCGUAUUUCAAGCUCGUACACACCUUGGAGGAGGUGAACGCCCUCAUCGCGGCGAACAGCACGGAAGUCACCGGCCCCCCGCAGAGGCUGGACCCGGCCAAGGGCAACGUUUGCUUCGCGUCGGCGCAACACGGCUGGGCCUUCACCACCGCAUCUUUCGCCAAGGUGUACUGCGACGUGUACGGGGAGAUGAGUCCGAAGGAGCUUGGCAAGCGUCUGUGGGGCGACGCUUGGGUAGACCCCACCACCCGGGCGUUCAGAAAGGGAUACCCCCCGCCGGACUGCCAGAGGACCUUCGUGCAGUUCAUCCUCGAGCCUAUGUACAAGAUUUACUCUCAGGGAUCAGUGAAGUGGUGCUCUCAAGACUCAGAGGGCUACGAUGGUGCCCCCCACCCCUCUCUCACCCACCACUCCCAGUUCUACCUUGACCCGAAGCCGCUGCUGAAGCUGAUCUUCACCAAGUUCUUGGGGUCGGCGUCUGGUUUCGUGGACGUGGUUGCGAAACACGUACCUUCUCCGGUGGCGAAUGCGCAGAAUAAGAUAACGAGGACCUACACCGGCGACCAGACCUCGUCCAUUGCGGUGGCCAUGGCCAAGUGCGACCCCCUCGGGCCCCUCAUGGUCAACGUGGUGAAGCUGUACUCCACGCCGGACGGAGAGGCGUUCACUGCCUUAGGACGUGUUUACAGCGGGACUGUAAGAACGGGGCAGAAGGUCAAGGUGCUUGGGGAGGCGUACUCGACGCACGACGAGGAGGACAUGGCGGUCAAGGAAGUCACGGCCAUCAGCAUCAGCCAGGGCAGGACGGUGAUGGACAUCAACAUGGCGAAGGCCGGCAACUGGGUGUUGCUGGAAGGGGUGGACGCGACGAUCCACAAGACGGCCACCAUCUGUGAAGCCGAGGAGGGCGGUCUGGGGGGAGGGGAGGAGGCGGCCAUCUUCCGGCCCCUGUCGUUCAAGACUACGGCGGUGGAGGAGUCUGGCGAGCACGUGGUUCUUGGGACAGGCGAGCUGUACAUGGACUGCGUCAUGCACGACCUCAGGGUCAUGUACGCCGACGCCGAGGUGAAGGUGGCCGACCCUUCGACGGCGUUCUGCGAGACGGUGGUGGAGACGUCCUCCCUCAAGUGCUUCUCCGAGACACCCAACAAGAGGAACAAGCUCACCAUGAUCGCGGAGCCCCUCGAAAACGGGCUGGCAGUCGACAUCGAGUCCGGAGAGGUGAGCAUCGAGUGGGACCGGAAAACUCUGGGAGAGUUCUUUCAAUCCAAGUACGACUGGGACCUGCUGGCUGCGAGAUCCAUCUGGGCCUUCGGUCCUGAGAACGACGGGCCUAACAUCCUCGUGGACGACACUCUUCCCAGCGAGGUUGACAAGAACCGCCUGAAUGCUUGCCGCGACAGCAUCGUACAGGGCUUCCAGUGGGGAUGUAGGGAGGGACCGCUCUGCGACGAGCCUAUCCGUAACGCCAAGUUCAAGAUCCUGGACGCGGUGAUCGCGGCAGAACCUAUCCACCGGGGGGGGGGGCAGGUUAUCCCGACGGCGAGGAGGGUGGCGUACUCGGCCUUCCUGAUGGCGACGCCACGGCUCAUGGAGCCCAUCUUCCGGGUGGAGGUUCAGGCGCCAGCGGACGUGGUUUCGGCCAUCUACCCCGCUCUUCAGAAGAGGAGAGGACACGUCGACGCUCCAAAGCCGGGGGCACCUUUCUACACGGUGAAGGCGUUCAUCCCCUCCAUCGACUCCUUCGGUUUCGAGACCGACCUCAGGGCCUACACGCAGGGUCAAGCCUUCUGCACACAGGUGUUCGACCACUGGAGCAUCGUACCGGGGGACCCGCUGGACCGCAACAUUAUCCUGCACCCGCUUGAGCCGUCGCCGCCACAGCACCUCGCCAGGGAGUUCAUGGUGCGUUGCGGUGUUUUGCUAAAAGCGGCAGCGUGUUUUGGUUUGUUUUUGUCCGAGGGAAAACAUGCUUUGUAG